GUUACUUGUUGAAUUAUAUGAGUAUAAUAAAGAAAGUGUUAUUAAAAUUCUUAAAGGUUUACACUAUCUUGCUUCUUUAUUAAAUAACUAUUUUAAAGUUAUACCUUCUAUGCUUGAAAAAAAUAUAGAAAAAUCAGAAGCAACUUUAAUAUUAUAUGAAUCUUUUGUAUUAUUUAAUAAAGAGCAA